AUGUCAGGCAUCGAGAGAGCCUUACUAGCCCUUCGCAAUUACCCGAGGGUUUCGGCUUAUAAUAUUAAGGACCUCCCUUAUAGCAAACUGCCUAAAUACCAUGGUCUUCAACGUAAAAAGCGUGGUCUUGGUCAUCGAGGCAUGAGUCAAUUCCAGUGCUGGCAACCUCUUGGGACUCUUAAAGAUCGAACACCGUUCUACAUAACCGUACCUAAGGAACCCUACAACGAAAACCAUCUGUCUCGACGCUCCUUGGUCCGCCUUUCGCUUCUCGAGCUGCAACGCCUAAUUGAUUUGUCUCGUAUUGAUCCCACAUACCCGAUUGAUAUGUCAACAAUAUGUAAUACUGGUCUCUUCCGCUUGAGUGCAGACGAUGAGCGACUGUACGGAUUUCACUUGACAGAGGACGGAGCGGACGAGUUUGUGACACCACUUAAUAUUGAAGUGCAGUACGCCAGUGAAUUGGCUAUUGCAGCUGUCGAGAGGGCUGGAGGUGUCAUUACUACCCGAUAUUACGAUCUACUUUCAGUUUUUGCCAAGGCUGAUCCCUUUUCCUUCUUUGAGAAAGGGCUUCCUAUACCACGGGGAAAGAAACCUCCACUUGACGCUCUCAAGUACUACACGAGUGGAGCAAACCGUGGUUAUCUGGCCAGUCCAAAGCAGAUUGCAGAUGCUCGUGUCUGGUUGGCCCAAAAGUACGGCUACACUCUGGUAGACAUUGCCUCUAGUCCGUAUAAAGACCUUCUUUCCAUUCAAAAGGAGCCGUGGCGCAUCUUUCAUGGACUCGAACCUGGAUGGCUUGUCAGUCUGACAGACAAAGUGAUCAUCAAACCUGUUGAUAGCUUACAACACGAGAACUUCUACAAAAGUUGA